AUGGCGCAUGGUGUGGACCACACAGACAUUUACGUGGAUGUGGGCCAAGAGUUCAACCAGGAAGAUGAAUAUGGUGGGCAUGAUCAGAUAGAUUUGUAUGAUGAUGUCAUCUCUCCAUCUGCAAAUAAUGGAGAUGUCCCAGAAGAUCAGGAUUACAUGGACACUCUCCCACCAACUGUUGGUGAUGAUGUGGGUAAAGGAGCGGCACCAAAUGUUGUCUAUACGUAUACUGGAAAGAGAAUUGCAUUGUAUAUUGGAAAUCUAACAUGGUGGACAACAGAUGAAGACUUAACUGAAGCAGUUCAUUCUUUGGGAGUAAUUGAUAUUUUCGAGAUAAAACUUUUUGAAAAUCAGGCAAAUGGCCAGUAAAAGGUGUUUGCCCUUCUUGGUGUUGGAUCUGAAGCAUCCUCAAAAAUGUUAAUGGAUCUGUUGCCUAAAGGAGAACUUCAUGGUCAGAAUCCUGUUGUAACUCCAUGCAAUAAACAGUUCCUGAGUCAAUCUGAAAUGCAGUCCAGGAAAACUACACAAUCAGGACAACUGUCUGGGGAAGGUAAAGCUGGUCCUCCGGGAGGCAGUUCACGUGCAGCAUUUCCACAAGGUGGUAGAGCAGGCCUGUCUUCAGGGGCUCUUCCUAGUGGGGACAGAUUUCUUGGACCAGCAGGACCAGGAGGGCCACCUCCACCUUUUCCAGCUGAACAGACUCCACCGUGUCCAACCUUGGGUCCUCCAGGCCCACCUGGUCCACCAGGUCCUCCACCUCCUGGUCAGGUUCUGCCUCCUCCUUUAGCUGGGCCUCCUAAUCGAGGAGAUUGCCCUCCACCACCAGUUCUUUUUCCUGCACAACAUUUUGGGCAGCCUCCAUUGGGUCCGCUUCCUCCUGCUCCUCCACCUCCAGUUCCAGGCUACGGCCCCCCUCCUGGUCCACCACCUCCACAACAGGGACCACCUCCACUUCCAGGCCCCUUUCCAUCUCACCCACCUGGCCCUCUUGGGCCACCCCUUACGCUCGCUCCUCCUCUGUAUCUUCCUGGACCACCUCCAGGUGCCCCACCACCAGCUUCACAUGUGAACCCGGCUUUCUUUCCUCUACCAACUAACAGCGGCAUGCCUACACCACAUAGCUGGGGGCCACCACCAACAGAUCCAUAUGGUCAGCCUCCACCAUAUGAUAGGGGUGACUGUGGGCCUCCUGGAAGGAAAAUGGAUACUGCAAGAACACCAUUGAGUGAAGCUGAGUUUGAAGAAAUCAUGAAUAGAAAUAGGGCAAUCUCAAGCAGUGCUAUUUCAAGACCUGUGUCUGAUGCCAGUGCUGGUGAUUAUGGGAGCGCUAUUGAGACAUUGGUAACUGCAAUUUCUUUAAUUAAACAAUCCAAAGUAUCUGCUGAUGAUCGUUGCAAAGUUCUUAUUAGCUCUUUGCAAGAUUGUCUUCAUGGAACUGAAUCCCAGUCUUAUGGCUCUGGAUCAAGACGUGAACGAUCAAGAGAAGGAGAUCAUAGUAGAUCACGAGAAAAGAGUCGGCGUCGUAAAUUCCACAGUGGAGAUCAUCAUGAUGAUUAUUACAGAGAGAGAAGCAGAGAACGAGAGAGACACCGGGCCCGGGCCCGGGACCGAGAGCGUGACCGAGAGCGCGAGUAUCUUCAUCGUUAG